AUGGAUGCCAUGGAUGAGAGUCCUGAUCACAACUUGCCAUCUCCUGUCAAUUUGACUGGCAGUGAUGUGGCAGGGUACAGACCCCGCGGGUAUCAGCUAGAGAUGCUAGAAGCUAGUCAACAACAAAACAUCAUUGUCGCAAUGGAUACUGGCAGUGGAAAAACUCACAUAGCUGUCAUGCGCAUCAUCUCCGAGCUCGAACGGUGCCCUGCAGACAAGCUGGUGUGGUUUCUGGCACCAACGGUCGCUCUUUGUCUUCAGCAGCACGAGGUCAUCGCUUCACAAAUACCAUCUGCCAAGACUCGAGUCUUGAUUGGCAGCGACAAUGUGGAAAGAUGGACCGAACAAGCCAUUUGGAACAAUGCCCUCAAAGACAUUCGGGUGGUUUGUUCCACCCAUGCGGUUCUUUCCGAUGCGUUGAAUCAUGGAUUCGUGCGGAUGUCACAGUUGGCCCUGCUUGUAUUCGACGAGGCCCACCAUUGUACUCGAGGCCAUCCGGCAAACAAAAUCAUGCAGUACCACUACCACCCGACGCGAGCCAAGCUCGGCACACAUGCCGUUCCCCGGAUUUUGGGACUGACCGCAAGUCCUAUCGUCCGAUCGAAACCACGAGAGCUACAAAUGAUAGAAGCGAAUUUAGACGCCAUAUGCAAGACACCGCGAAGACACAGAUCUGAGCUACUUGAGCAUGUCCAUCGACCACAACUCGAGUGCAUUCCUUAUCCACCCUGUGAGGUUGAAAAGGGUAUUUUUGGGAGCCGAUUGCUUCCAUCUCUUGUGAAAUGUGUGAAAGCGUACGACAUACAUGAAGACCCCUACAUUGAACUGAUUCUAGAUCCUUCAGAGAGAACAGUGGAAGCAGAGAACUUUGUCAAAACAGGAAAAACAUUCUGCGGCCAGCAGCUUGAAAAGUUUCUGGAGCGAAGCUUUCAUAUGUACGUCGAACUUGGUGGUUGGGCGGUUGACUACUUCAUCCAGGCAUCAAUUGAUCAGCUGCGGCGAUCAAUAGAGAAUGAUGGCUCAAUGACGAGAUUAGACCGAGCAGAAAGGGUCUAUCUCUUGGAGCUUCUUGCUAGUAUGCCACUGCCGGAGAACACCAUGGUGAACACUCACAUCUCCCCAAAACUGGAGAUAUUGCUCUCUUUCCUUGAUAAAAUAGAUCAUCCCGAGUUCUCUGGCAUCAUUUUUGCCAAGAGACGAUCGGUAGUGAGUGUCCUGACUCGAUUUUUAUCACUGCAUCCUGCGACAAUGGAUCGCUUCCGCUGUGCAUCAUACGUCGGGUGGUCCAGUAGUCGGAACGAGUCUUUGGGAGAUUUGCUCACUCGAGACAUGCAACGUGACACGUUGUCUGAGUUCAAAGCGGGUCGGAAGAAUUUGAUCGUCGCUACUGAUGUCCUCGAGGAAGGGCUGGAUGUUAGCUCGUGCCGCCUGGUCAUCUGUUACGACAAACCAGCCAAUGUGAAGUCUUUCGUUCAGCGCCGUGGACGGGCACGACAUGAGCAUUCUACAUAUGCUAUUAUGCUAUCCACCGAAGAAGACUCACUCAUUUUGUCCCAAUGGCGUGCAUUAGAGGAAACCAUGAUUAAAGCCUAUCAACAGGAAGAGAGGCAACAUAGAGAAGCGUGUGAGCUCGAGGCAACGCAAGAGAUUGUUGAUGAAUGGCUGUUUGUAGCCUCAACAAGUGCGCGACUUUCUGCGGAUGAUGCUAUGCAACAUCUUCACCACUUUUGCUCCCUGUUGCCCGUUGACCAAUACGUCGAUAACCGGCCCAUGUUCUCUUUUGAAGACGAUUUGAGCGGUCUCAUCCGAGGCACAGUUACUCUGCCAAACUCAGUUCAUCCCGCGGUCCGGCGAACACAAGGCAAAAGCUGGUGGUGCACCGAGAUCGCAGCCAGAAAAGAAGCAGCUUUCCAAGCCUACAAAUCACUCUGGGAGUACGGCCUGGCCAACGAUAAUCUUUUACCAUUGACACGAAAGCCAGAGCUGAGAUUCACGGAAGACACGCCAAUGCCGGCUUUGAUCGAAUGUUCCGCGCAGUAUGAUCCUUACAUCGAUUUGGCUCAAGAUUGGGUGAACCAUGAGCUUCAUGAGACGAGCAUCACGGUCUCAGACAAUUGCACGGGUGUAGUUAACGAAGACCUGUUGACGUCGAUCGUACUACCUAGAUGGGUGCCUGUGCCAGAUCCUCUUACAUUCUUUUGGGAGAAUGAAACUAGCAUGACUGUGACUUUUAGACCAAGUCAGCCUAUCAGUCCGAUGCCUACCGCGGAGAUUAUUCAGCAUAUGAGAACCAUCACCGCGAUGUACCUUCAAGCCCCCUCGUCUCGCUUGCAAGGAGCUGGUAGAGACUAUGUCGCUCUUUUCGUUCCAAACAUCCCAGUUGAACAACUAGGAGCUUGGAUUCAGCGUUACGAAGGCACUGAAAAAGCUGUAGAUCUCUACGCGCGUGACAAUGAUAUCUCUCCGGUUGGUAUUAUUCGCGACACAGCAAAGUACAGUGAACCACGACUGUUUCGCAUGUGGCAUGAGACGGGAACAUUGGAAAUUGAAUGCCGGAGCUUGCCGAAGCGACGAAAUCUCCUGCAGUAUCGAAACCCAUCCCAAAUGGCGGAUGAAUCGGAAGAAGCCCCUCCCAAGAUUCACAUCAUCCCAGCUGCAGGCUGCACGGUUGAUAAACUUCCAUGGAAGAAGUCCAUGUUUGGUCUGUGUAUCUCCGCCAUUCUUGAUCGCUUCGAGGCCACUAUCGUCGCUCAUAGACUCAACGAGACUAUUCUCAAAGGUGCUGGAAUCCAGGACCUUAGCCAUGUCUUGACGGCGAUUACCACGCCACUCGCCCAGGCGACGACGCAUUAUCAGCUUUAUGAAUUCUUUGGUGAUUCCGUGCUGAAAUUCACGGUCAGCUGUAAGCUAUUUUUCUCACAACCAACUUGGCACGAGGGGUAUCUUUCCGAAAGCCGUGAUAAGCUCAUCAAGAACGAGCGGCUGGCGAGGGCAGCACUGGACACUGGUCUCGAUCAGUUCAUCCUGAACGACCGGUUUACGCCUCGGAAGUGGCAUGCACCGCUGAUAUCCACCAAAUCAGCUUUGGCAGGUACCCAGCCCAAGCGUAAAUUGUCCAUGAAGGUACUGGCAGACGUCGUUGAAGCGUUGAUUGGUGCCGGAUACAUGGAUGGUGGCAUGCGGAGAGCUCAAGCUUGUCUCCACCGUUUCCUGCCGGAGAUAGACAUUCAGGAAGGAAUUCCACCAAGAGAACAGGCCUCGGAUCUCGCUAGCAACCUGCUAGACCCAGAGCUCAUCGGCAGUCUGAUUGGGUACAACUUCCAAGAUGCCUCACUCCUGACCGAGGCACUGACACAUUCGUCCUGCGAGCAUGACAUGCGUACCCAAUCAUACCAGCGACUCGAGUUCCUGGGCGACGCAGUCCUUGAUAUGGUGGUUGUCUCCGUCUUCGCAGAGCUAAACCAGAAGAUCCCGGAGGGCAAGAUGACCCUUAUCAAACACUCUGUCGUCAACGCGGGUCUUUUGGCAUUCCUCUGCAUGGAGAUGACCCUUGAUGAUAUCUCCCUAUGGAAAUUCCUCCGCUUUAACGGCCCAGCCAUUGGCGCUGCCCGAGAUGCAUCCGUGGCCCGACACCAAGAACUGCGCGAAGAAAUCCUCCACGAGCUUAAGUACGGAUCCAAGUAUCCCUGGGAAUUAUUCUCGCGCGUCCGCCCAGACAAAUUCAUGUCAGAUAUCGUCGAAAGCACCCUUGGCGCGAUCUUCAUCGACUCAGGCGCUGACAUGGGCCUCGCCCACUGCACUGCUUUCGUCGAGAGAUUGGGAUUACUUUCAUAUGUGCGACGCGUAAUUGCGGAGAACGUGGACGUCCAGCAUCCACGUAACAAGGCGCAGGAUGUGUUGGGAAAGACCGUUGGCCAACUGGUGUUUAAGUCCAGGCGCGUUGAAGCGAAGGGCGUUGCUGCAACUUAUCGGUGCACUGCAACUAUGAACAAGAAUGAGGUUGCCAUAAUUGAGGGAUGUGCUUCCGCUGAUGAAGCUGAGAUCAAGACCGCGUUGUGGGUCAUUGAGAAGUUCCACGCUCAACAAUUUGCUGAGUCGGCUGCUGGACUCGUUAACGCUCCUUGA